AAAAUUUAAAUCGUAUAAUUCGUAUUGACUGUUUUUUUUUGAUUUGUCAACUUUUGCUUCGUUUCCUUUUUACCUAACGUCUUGUUUAACUUAAUAUCGUGUAAUUUGUAUAAACGUAACCACGUUUAAUCUAGUAUUUCCAGUAUAAUAUACUGUAUUAUAAACUAUUUUAAAUACGUUAUAUUUUUUGGUCCAUAAUUCAUCGUUAUUUAAAAUAAUCACUGAAGUGAAAGGUUAAUAAUUGUUUUCAUUAUAUAAAAGUAUAAAGUGCUUAAUGAUUACCAUUAUUUUUAAAUAUUUUUAUUACUUUGCGUAAUAUUCAUGUUAUUUAAAUUCGGUUAAAUUAAUGUGAUCCGUUUUUCAUUACCCACGGUUUGGAGUAACUAAAAAAUAAUAACCAUCGAUUUCUUUCAACAAGGUAAAAGACAAAUAUUAUGAACGACGUAUUAAAUAAGGCAGUUGAUCGCUUUUUGGACAAUUAUGACGAUGUUUUGAAACAUUUUCCUCUAGAUGGACAAAAACAAGUAAGUCGUUAUUAUGAAACUGAUUGUCGUCACUCACAUAUUUUAAACAAAUUGGAAAAUUUUACUAAAAAAACUAAAGACUUUACAUCUACUGAUGGAGAACGUAUAAAAAAAAUGUUGAUUGAGUCUUUAGACCUGGCUGACAGAAAAGUUAACAUUACGGAAUGUCUAUUGGACAUGGUAGGAACAAACAUGCGUAAUUUAAAUAUGAGUUAUAAAGAAGCUGAAACUGCAAAAUUACGUUUAAUUAAUUCAAAUAAAAGAAUGUCAAAACUGAUGCCUGAUUGUAAGGAAAUUGAUUCAGAUUCUAUUGACGUACAAAAUAUAAAUAAUUCUAAUAAGCGCCCCAAAAGAAAUGUUACAAAACUAUCCACAACAUUAAAUAAAAGCGUAGAAAUGAAUGCACAUUUUGAAAGAAAAUCAAGCACUAAUCAAAAUAAAAAGAAAACAACAUCAACCAAAAAGUCCAAGGCACAGCCCGCCAAAAUUAAAAAAAAAGAUUCAGGAUCAGAAAGUUCUGAUAGUGAUGGUGAUGAUUUACAACCAACUUACUGUAUUUGUGAAGAAAUAUCUUAUGGUGAUAUGGUUGGCUGUGAUAAUGAUUUAUGUCCACUUGAGUGGUGUCAUUUUGGCUGCGUGUCUAUAAGUAGGAAACCUAAAGGAAAAUGGUAUUGUCCAUUUUGCAGAGGAACUACUUCAAAAACCAUGAAGCCGAAACCAGUAUUUCUUAAAGAACUUGAAGAGUACAAUAAACGUAAGGAAGAAAACUGGAGCAAGUAAUACAAUCCAUUUAAGCAUUAUAUAUUUAAUUUGACGCUGAAUUGUUUCAAUGAAAAAGAAAUUCAUACAUUAUGUGUCAUACUAUCUUCAUCUAAGCAAAUUCAAUUUUCAUGAAUGAAUAUUAUGUUAAUUAAUAAUAAUACUAAAUAUAGGAUAGCAUCUUUUUGUUUUGUUUUUCUGCGUAACUAAAUGGAAAAACAUAGCUGCUCAUCCUAUUAUUCUUCAAUGCUUAUUUAUAAUAUUUUUAAAUAGAAAUAAAAUUUGUUUAAAUAUAAAAUUGUCCCAGAUGCUAUCAGAUUGCUAAAGUUAUUAUUAUGUAGUAAUAAGUAUUAUGUAGUCAUACAAAUGGCGAUUAUUUUUCUAAUAAUUUAAAAUACA